AUGGAGCGAGAGAGCCGCCAGGACCAUUGGCUUGGCCGCUACGCCAACGACUACCACGCAUGGCGUCGAGCUCAACACCGCGGAAGAGACGUCUUUCAGAGGCCUCUCGGCCUUAUCGAGACGUCUUUCGACAAUGACGGGGCUUUCUUCGGCGGUAGGGCAGACGUUAACACGGUCAUUUCCUUCGAAGUCCGAAGCAAUCUGACGCCUGAGCAAUUGCGCGAAAGGAUCGUCCUCGCCUGGGCCAAUCUCCGGCUCCAUCAUAUUCUCCUCAUGACGACUGUCACCCGAGAUUCUGUGACAGAUCGCAGACUGUUCAAUCUCGAUCUGCCCACAACAAAUACUGAAGUAGUCGAAAACGCCCUGGCAUCCAUGGCUUUCCUUGCCGAUCACUACAGCGAGGUAGACAUUGACGAUUGGUUCAAACAUAUCAACAACUCGAGCCGUGUUGUUGACUCAGAUCGGUCUCUGUCGCGGCUCUUCGUCCACCCAGUCGUGCCAAUAUCCCAGCACACCUUUCAACUGACGUUCACGCUGGUGUGCGCGCACGAAAUUUGCGAUGGCGUUGUCGUGCUUUACAACUGGGAACCACACUUCCUCGAAUUAUUGAACAGCUCAGAGCAAGACCUCAAGAGAGGUCUGGAAGUCGAAAGAUCUCCCGAUCGUCUAUGGACCCGUCUUCCAAGAGCACAGGAAGACCUCUAUCCUUUAGUUCAGGGCAGUCCGGCACGCAAAAGGUGGUUCUGGGCCGUCAUGAGAAUCCUCCGGCAUGUCCGCAGGCCACCGCCAGCCGGUUUCGCCAACCCCCUGCGGCGGAGAGACCGGAGAGAGCAAGCCAUGUCGUUGCCGCCCAAAUACUCCGAUGUCUUGGAUUACUCAGAAGACCGCAAGCCUCCCAUGAACAGUUUCAACGUCAAAGCAGAGCUCUCCAGGGAGGCUACAUCUCGCAUUGAGCGACUGGCGAAAUCAGUCGGUGCCAGCGUCGGAGCCGCCUGCUUCGCUCUCGUUGGUAUGGCCAUGAUGGAGAUAGAGGAGGCCAGGGACCCGCACACACUGCUGUCGGAACGUAUGCCAUACGUCGGCUCCUUCCCAAUCAAUCCUCGCCCGUUCUUUGGCUACACCGGCCCUGCCGAUUCGGUUAUGCUCACUUUCAGCGACGGUAUAUGGCUGCCAUUUCUGCCGUCGGAUCUUCCCGCCGAAGGGAGGUUCAAGCUGCUGGUGCGGCAGGCGCACAGGCAAUUGCGCCAGUACCAGAAGCGAAUCCGAAGCGAGGGGAUGAAGGGGAGCUUUGAUCCCACCGAUCCAGCCCGCAUCAUUGCUUCAAGUUACAUCUUGGCAGUUGAAAGGGCCGAAUUUUUGAGGCCGCAGCAUCUGAAGACUGGAGUCAAUCCCCAGGGCGACUACCCAGCCAACUUCAAGUGGAGGCCUGCAACGUGUGGCGUCAGUUCAAUUGGGUCGAUAAAGAACUUCCUUGCUCGGGGAAAGUACAGUCUGGACGAAGACACGGUUCGGAAGAACGGGCUUGCCGCGGAUCUGUACAGCUUUGACCGUACGGGUGUACGGGCCCGGGAUUUUGAGUUCUUGUGUGGAUGCUGGGGUUCAGAGGAUGGUUUGAAAUUCAGCGUAUCGUAUGACGGCAACGCCAUAGAUGAAGAAAGCGUCUUGGUUUGGAAAGCUCUCAUGGAGGGGAUGUUCGAGCCCAGUGCAAAGUCAAAAUUGUAG